GCCAAGAGUGUGCAACAAAUCAUUGCAUGAAAGAUAGACAGCCUACAGGGAAUAAAAAAACGAUCAUCUUUUCCUCUGAAUGAAAAGGCUGGACUAUGUAGGUACUAGGUCCUAUGUGACAUGUAAUGUGCAACACGUGGGUCAGUUUGGGAAGAUGGCAGUCCUUAGCGGAGCCACAAACUCGAUACACGACAUUCUGUUGAUGAGAAUCCAUGGGAGUUGGAUUAAACCGGUCUGUAUCCCGGAAAUUGUUUAGGAUUUGAGGUAAAUGCUGCCGGGAGAUGCUGUCGCCGCAAGGGAAAACAAGCGGAGAACCAGAAAAAUAAAAUCACAGAAUCGAGGCCUAUCGUGGCAGCUGGUGUUAGAAUGGAUGACGACUGCAAUGGCCAUCCCUACAUGUCAGGUAUGGAGGGCAGGGCAUGGACAGUCCUUUGUAUUAGCUGACUUACUGACCUUAUGGUUGUGACAUUAUUGAGAUGACUGAAUGGACUGUCAGUAGGCCUGUGUGGUGUGUGUCUGUCUGUCUGUGUGUGUGGACUGCAGGCAGUGGAGAAUCUUCGAGGGAGUUUUCAGGGGCCAUGGGAGGCCGCACAGUGAGCACCCCCAACAGCCAGCACACUUCCCCCAGCCGUUCUCUUAGUGCCAACUCCAUCAAAGUGGAACUGUACAGUGACGAGGAGGUGGGCCGUGGCACAGGGCCAGAGGAUGAGAAAGGGGACAAGGUGGAGGAGGAUGAUUCUGAGCAGGGAGGAGAGGCAGGAGGCGGCUACAGGGAGCUGGCCAGUCCGGAGCCCAUGUCACCAGGAGGUGCCAUCCGGCUGCCCAAUGGGAAACUCAAGUGUGACGUCUGUGGGAUGAUCUGCAUUGGGCCCAAUGUCCUCAUGGUGCACAAACGCAGCCACACAGGUGAGCGGCCAUUCCAGUGUAAUCAGUGUGGGGCCUCCUUUACCCAGAAGGGGAACCUGCUGCGUCACAUUAAGCUGCACUCAGGGGAGAAGCCUUUUAAAUGUCCCUUCUGCAGCUACGCGUGCCGCAGACGGGACGCUCUCACCGGCCACGUCCGCACUCACUCAGUGUCGUCUCCCACAGUGGGAAAGCCCUAUAAGUGUAGUUACUGUGGACGCAGCUACAAGCAGCAGAGCACCCUGGAAGAGCACCGCGAAUGCUGCCACAGCUACCUGCAGAGCCUGGAGACACAGAAGCCAGCCAGUGCUCACACUCAAGUAGAGGAGCUGAGGGACCUGGAGUUCAUGCCUGACACCCUGCUGCAACCUUCCUCAGACAAGAUUACGUUCAUCGAUCGGCUGGCCAACAGCAUCACCAAACGCAAGAGAUCCACACCACAGAAAUUUGUAGGACAGAAGCACUUGCGCCACAGUCUACCUGACACGCCUUACGAGCUCAGCGACGCCUUUGACAAGGACGGGGAGACACACCACGGUCUGGACCAGCCACACUACACCGGCCUGGGAGGAGGCUACCUGGGGGUGCCAGGAGCUGGUGGAUCUGAAGGCCUCCGACCCCUAUGGCUGCCACCCCCUCACCCCUCCUGUCUGUCAGAGCUCCGGCCAGUCAUCAGCUCGGCUCACACCCCCAUGGCGCCGCUGGGGCCGGGGCUGGACUGCAUGGGGGCUGGCCUAGGGUCCACAGGAGUGGGGGGCAGGGAGGCUGCAGAGGGUCACGAGGACCUACCUCUUGGCCGCAGCCACGCCCCUUCGCCUAGCAACGUUUGCCAGGACUCCACAGACACUGAGAGCAUGCCGGACGAAGUGUUAAGCAAUGUGGCGCCUGCCCUGCCUCUCCACAACAACAAUCACCACCUCCACUCCAACCACCACCCACCUCCUCCGCCCCUACUGCACCACAGGGGUAGGGACAGACACAGCCCAAGCCACGCCAGGGAGAGGGAAGAGGAUGCCAUCCCCCCGGCCCCAGGCUCCCCCACAUCCAGGGAGGCGUUUCAGGUGGUGGACGGAGAGGGGCACGUGUUGCGCUCCUUCCGCUGCGAGCACUGCCGCGUGCUCUUCCUGGACCAUGUCAUGUUCACCAUCCACAUGGGCUGCCACGGCUUCCGCCAGCCCUUUGAGUGCAACAUCUGUGGCCACCGCAGCCAGGACCGCUACGAGUUCUCCUCGCACAUUGUCCGCGGGGAGCACCUGCUAGGCUGAGGGGUGGCUGGGCAGGCCUCUGUACUUAGGUUUUGUUUGUUUUUUACUCUGAGAGAAGGGCCUGCUUGGGUUUGGUCUGCAUCACAAUAGGGGGUAGGGGUAGUACGAAACUGCUUUUAGUAAAUUAUUUGUGCAAAGGCGUUGAUACUGUUAACACAUAAACCUUGACUUGAAAUUGGUACAUUAGGUCAAUUGCAUCACUUAAAGGAAAGAGAAUCCUCACCACUCUGAAUGCACUUUUCAAAAUGCAUGAAUUCUUAAUGAGAAAAUGCACUUUCAAAUAGAUUUUAUUCUGAAGUAAAUGGAGUGAAUGCACUUUUUUUUAUCCUCAAAGUGCCUUUCUCUGCUGUGGUCUACCUUUCCUCUCUUAUCCUGGUAAAAACUGGGUGCACAAAACAGCGAUGCUACCAUCUGGACAAUGUGAUUUAUGUGACAUUUUGAGUUGCUUUGUCUACUGCACUUUAAUCAAUAUUUUAACCAAGAUAAAAACAAGAACAGUCAGGCUACCUUGGAAUUUGUCAAAGCUCUAUUUGAAAAGCACUUAACGGAUCUAUUCCAUUCCGUAACACACCUAGUCCCUGGGGGUGUGGCAGGCAGUGUUGUUUCAGAUUAUGUGUAGAUGGUAUAUAUCACUGUUGGUCAUUUAUUAGAAUAAGUUGCGGUGCAGACCGGACCCAGGAUCCCAAGUUAAAUGUUCAGAAGAGAUUUGAGGGGUUGGCCUCAAUGAGGAGUGCACUUUCCAAUUUCAGUUUGUGUAUAGGUGUGUAUGUUUGUUAUUUUGGAAGUUAAGUUAAAUGAGAGUUUUAGGCUUUUAGCAGUGUGAAUGUCGUGGAAUGGGGUGCAGUAUGUUUGUUUUGUUUACUUUAAUUGCUUUUGUUGCACUGAGAUACCUGCCGAGAUAGUUCAAUAUAAAUUAUUUUAUAGAAGAUUACAUUUAUGGCCUGCCCCUUUCUCUGUGCAGCAUGUUGAAAGAAAUAAAAUGUUUUUAAAACUCAUUCCACAAAAGAAGAGGGCCACUGCCACUAUUUUGGAGUUGAUGUCAACAAAGGUUGGGGAUAAGAUUUUUGGCCAUUUUAGGUCCUUGAUAUCCCACUGCUUUGUGUACUACGAAACAAACCUAAACAUGAUUAUUAUUUACAAGUGAGACCUAAAACAAUUGUAUAUUCAUUGUACUGUGCCUUUCAUGAUGUUGACCUGGGGGACAUGUAUUAACAGCCAUGUCUUGCCAACAUAUAUCUUUAUGGAUGAGAAGAUGUAGUUAUUUUGACGAUAUAACAUGAAAUAUCCUGUCUGCCCCUGCUAAGUAGCCUGCCCAUGCUGAAUUCUAGAUUGCCCUUCACUAGUCACUUUGAUUUGCACAGUCACUCAUUUCUUAAGUAGCCUAAUCAUGAUGUAAAUUGUAUUACCUUGUCCAAAAAGGAAAUAAACAUGUUUAAAAAAGCAUUCGGGCAUGUAAAAGAUUUUAAAAUAUUCAGUUGAUAAGUACAUGUCCACAAGAUUGUCACCUGCUGCUAAGGCGUAAAUGAGUAGUGUGUCAUAAAUGAGCAGUGUGUGUGUGGUUGUCCACAGUCCUCGGUGGUUGAGAUUGAGAACGUGGUUCUUGCGAAGUGACGUUGAAAUGCUUAUUCUUGUUCAAUGAUUUUCCUUUUUUCUCAUUGGACUUGUUUUUAUAGAGCACUGAUGUUGGUAAACAUUUUCCUUGGAAUCAUGACUCAUUUAGAUCCCUUUGGUCGACUUUGACGACCAAGAUGUAUAUUUUGUAUUUUAUUUUCCACAACAAUGCUUUGCUCAAAGGAACUUGAUGAAUAUGCACUUGUGAAUUUAAAAAAGCACUUCCAUUGAGAGAUUAGGAGACUGAGGGUAAGGGGUCAGUUAGGUCCUGAUUGGUUUUGGCAGUUGCCUUACUCGUUUACCUAAUCUCUUGGUCUUCACAGUGAAUGAACUUGGAAGCCUGUGGGGUGUAUAGCUCUUGAUUAGGGCCCCAGAGUUUUCUAUGGUCAAGCAAAACUACUGGCCCUACUAAUGACACAGAUGAAGUAUGACAGACUGGAAAAUCUGCCAUUGGAUUUAAAAUAAAUGACACUUUACCUCAUAAUUGCCUCUUGGGGGAUAAAGGUUUGGUGAAUGUUUAUUUUUUUUGGUGGUUAAUUUGACCUUUUAUGUUUUGACAGCGACGGCUCUGUAUCUUCACUUAGAUAUUUUAAUACGUUUUACCAACAAAAAAAAGGAAUGUGGCUUUGAAGUGGAGUACAAGAAAAUAUCAGAAAAGAUCUUAAACUAUUUCAUAGCACUUACAUUGUGCUGAAUUACAGGGCAUAGUUGCAUUAAUGUUAAUCUGUACUGCUGUUCUAAAUGUAAUGCCUUAUGAACGGAUAUGUAAUUACUCUUCAAAGUAGAUAAUAUUUAGAAGGUAAAUAAAAAAUGGUUUGAUUAUUGAACUGAUAUGGAAGUUGUGCAUCGUUUCACACUAAUUCGAAGGGCAGGAUCUCUCUCCAGAUCUGUUGUUUCGCUUUAAAAAUCGGUCUAUUGUGCCUUACUCCGUGAGGUUCACUGUUUGAGGAUGUUGGCUCAACAUAGAUUUGAGGACAGAACACUUGGUCCAGGGUCAACCUCAAUAAGAAAUAACAAAUGUAUGUAACAGAUAUUAGGGGGGAAAAAACUUUAAUGAGUGUUAAUUAUAGUUGUUUCACAUCAGUCACCAAUCCGACACCUAGCUACAUAGACAUGACCUUGUCGUUCCACAAAUCACGCAGAUGGCACAGCACAAAACUCUAGCUUCUGACUCAUCUCACAAUAGCUUUCAUUUACAAAUGUGUCUGCGACUUCACUCGUGUUAUGAUGCAAAAACAGUUUGUUCUGUAAACCAAAUGGCAUGUACACAAUAAUGGACAUUAACUGCCAAAGAUCCAGGUUUGAGAUGGCAUGAUCUAUGCAUGAUAUUACGGGUCUUUAUAAGAAUGAAUUCUGCCUGUCCCAGAGUAGAUAGAUGGCUUGUUCUAACAGAGCUAUAUUAAAGAGCUUGUCAACGGAAAUACUAGCAGAGAUGUCUGGGCUUUGGUAAGUGUGAAAAUGCCAAUUCAGUUAACCUAACCAGACAAGGAUAAUAGGACAGGAUGUCUCAUACUUGCCCUGGCAAUGACCAGUGCAGUUUCUCUUACAUGAAAUCCAUUUUGACCAGAAGUUAAGCAAAUCCUUGAAAAAAAAAAAAGUAAAGGAGGUGAUCCUGGAUUUUAUUCUUUGGUGUACUACACUGGAUUGCCUUUAUGCUUUUAAAACCUGGUGCAUGUGGUAACAAUGUGGUCUGCUAAACCUUAAAAGUUUUCACAAAAAUCUAAAGUACAAAUGAGUAAAGCUUAUUUUGUAUUUCCCCUUAAGUCACCCCAACCUCAGAGAAAAAUAUUUUGUUACUGAUGUGUGCUUGUUUUUGCCUUCGUUUCAACGUUCCUUUCCUUUUCAAGGUUUCUUGAUUGCACUGUGUUUGUGUUCCCUUUGACUUGACUAUCUGCUCUGAGACCUUUACUCCUGCCCCUGUGAAUGGUGUGAAUUCGCUUUAACUGCAGAGCCUUUUUUCAUGUACCAUAAUGUAAUUAAGUAUUUGUGUAUUAAGAUUAAACUACUGUACAUUUUGUACUGUAUUGAAGGAGACUAUUCCAAAUAAAUACACUUGACUGGC